UCUGUGGUAGUACUCACUGUUUACCAUGCACCUAGGUUAAUCUUAGCCGUCCGAUCUCUGAAUCAUUCAAAAGUUCAGGCGCUGACUUUGUGUCUAUAGCAGAAAUAAAAAAAAUGAAAGGCCCAUACCUCUUCUUCAUCAGUCUUGGCAAAUCAAAAAUCCAAGCUUUUUUAGUUAGAGUAUUCCACUAGUUCAAAUGCACUUGUUUCUGAAUAGACCUCAAAAGGAGCUCCUUCUCUCUCUAUCUCUCUCUCUAGAUUCUUUUUCCCCCUUGUUUUUGUUGUUCUUUUCUCGUUUUCUGGUUUAGUCUAUAGAUUUCCUUUCUUGGUUUUGUGUUUUGAAGAUUGAGUACCUGUACCUGUAAGCAAAGAUUUUAUGGCUGUGCUGCUCUUGCUCUUCUUAUUGGUAGUAUCUGCGUUUUCUGCUGAUGAAGAUGCUUUCAUUGGUGUGAAUGUUGGUACUGCCCUCUCAGACAUGCCAAGUCCAACUCAAGUGGUGGCGCUUCUUAAGGCUCAGAAUAUCCGACAUGUCAGGCUCUAUGAUGCUGAUCGAGCCAUGUUGCUUGCACUUGCCAACACCGGCAUCCGUGUAACAGUUUCUGUUCCUAAUGAUCAGCUUCUUGGUAUUGGUCAAUCAAAUGCUACUGCAGCCAACUGGGUUGCUCGCAAUGUAAUAGUCCAUGUUCCUGCCACCAACAUCACAGCCAUAGCAGUUGGAUCUGAAGUCCUAACUACCCUACCAAAUGCUGCCCCAGUCAUAGUUUCCGCCCUAAAGUUCAUCCACUCUGCCCUUGUUGCAUCUAAUCUUGAUAGCCAAAUUAAAGUCUCUACUCCACACUCUUCUUCCAUCAUCCUAGAUUCCUUCCCCCCUUCCCAAGCUUUCUUUAAUCGUACAUGGGACCCAUUCAUGGUUCCCUUGCUGAAAUUUUUGCAGUCAACUGGGUCGUACUUUAUGCUAAACGUAUAUCCAUAUUAUGAUUACAUGCAAUCAAAUGGUGUAAUCCCUUUAGACUACGCACUUUUCCGCCCCCUCCCUCCUAACAAGGAAGCUGUGGAUGCUAAUACACUUCUUCAUUACACUAAUGUCUUUGAUGCCGUCGUUGAUGCAGCAUAUUUUGCAAUGUCCAAUCUGAACUUCACCAAUGUUCCCAUUGUUGUGACUGAGUCUGGUUGGCCCUCCAAAGGUGACUCCAGUGAGCCAGAUGCAACAAUCGAUAAUGCAAAUACUUACAACAGUAACCUAAUUAGGCAUGUUCUUAAUAACACCGGCACUCCCAAACAUCCGGGGAUUGCAGUUAGUACUUAUAUUUAUGAGCUUUAUAAUGAAGAUUUGAGUCCUGGACCAGUUUCUGAGAAGAACUGGGGGCUUUUUGAUGCCAAUGGGGUGCCGGUUUAUAUCUUGCACUUGACAGGUGCAGGUACUGUGUUGGCAAAUGACACUACAAACCAGACCUUUUGUGUUUCGAAGGAAGGUGCUGACCCAAAGAUGCUACAGGCAGCACUGGAUUGGGCUUGUGGACCAGGAAAAGUUGAUUGCUCACCUUUAUUGCAAGGUCAACCAUGUUAUGAGCCAAACAAUGUGGUUGCACAUUCAACAUAUGCCUUUAAUGCCUAUUUCCAGGAGAUGGGCAAGUCUCCAGGGACCUGUGAUUUUAAAGGGGUGGCUACAAUAACUACCACUGACCCAAGUUAUGGUUCUUGUAAAUUUCCUGGAAGUGCUGGAAGAAAUGGCACCUUGACGAAUACCACAUCGCUUGCCCCAUCUUCCAAUUCAACAAGUUCUGACAGCCCUCCGCUACAUCUCCAUAAUAUCGGUUCUUUCACAACCUCUGUGAUUAUAGGUGCUUUGCUAAUGAGUACAGUUUUCUUGUAAAACUGUGCAUCUGUAUUUCCUGCAAAUCUUGGAUGCUAAUCAUUUGGAAAAUUUGGUUUCAAAUCUCUUGGACAACUUGCAGCAAUCCCAAUUUUGGUCCUCCUGGAUAGGAGUAAAGGGGUGGCAAGAUGAAGUAGUUCUAUGUUCUAUUCUAACAUGAGCCUGGCCAUUUGUUUUUGUACAAACCAGCCAAAAGGAUUGCUUGGGAGUAUUUUUGUAUCCUUUGUUGUUAGGGUGAUUUGGUUGUAUUCUUUAAACGGAACUUGCGAUGUUCAUUUUUAUUUAAUGGUAUGAUUAUUUUUGUUAA